AUGUGUUCAGUGAUGAUGGGAGAUGCUGCUGCUGCCAAGCUGAAGGCCAUACCGAUGUCUGAUAACACCAUCCAGCGCCGCAUCUCAGACAUGGCAUCGGAUGUUAAGGAACAGGUGCUGGAUGCUAUUCGUGAGAACCCUCUCUUCUCCAUUCAGCUGGAUGAGUCUACCGAUGUUGCUAACCGUGCUCAGUUAAUGGUGUAUGUACGCUAUAUUAAAGAGCUCAGUGUCGAGGAGGAGUUUUUGUUUUGUUAUCCUCUGCCAACUUGCACUACAGCAGGAGAAAUAUUCAAGGCUUUGAAUGAUUUCAUGCAGGAGAAUCGUAUUAAUUGGAGCCGAUGUUGUGGAAUAUGUACUGAUGGCGCAAGGGCAAUGACAGGUCGCCACAGUGAUUUGGUGAAGCAGGUGCAAGCGGUUGCCCCGGCUGCUGUUUGGAAUCACUGUAUCAUCCACCGCCAGGCCUUGGCGACCAAGAAGAUGCCAAAAGAGUUGUGCACGGUGCUGGAUGAGGCAGUAAAAAUUGUUAAUCUAAUUAAAUCACGUGCCAUGAAUGCUCGUCUCUUCUCCGUCCUCUGCAAUGAGAUGGAUGCUCACUUCCAACAGCUGCUGCUGCACUCCGAGGCCCGAUGGCUGUCCUGGGGCAAGGUCCUCACCCGCUUGUGUGAUUUGCGCGAGGAAGUGCUCCUAUUCCGUGCCGAAAUCAGUUCUCCACUGGUGAAGCAUAUGGGGGACAUGAACUGGGCUGCAAUGUUGGCAUAUCUUUCUGAUAUCUUUGACCGAAUAAACGCACUGAACACCUCUCUGCAGGGCAAAGAGAUCCAUGUCUUUUUGGCACACGAUCGAGUCUCUGCAUUUAGGAAAAAGUUGGACUUGUGGUGUGCUCAUGUUAAACGGGGCUCGGUGGAAAUGUUCCCGACAUUGGGAGAUGUUGUGGAGAAGGCAGGGCUGCAACUGGACACUGUACAACAGGUGAUCAUUGCGCAUUUGGAGGGGCUGCGUGAACAGUUUGCAGAGUAUUUUGGAGAGGAGACCUUAGCAAAUCAGUGGGUGAGAAAUCCAUUCGCAUUCCCAGCGACAUCCAGUGAUGCACUAACAGUGCAAGAGGAAGAGGCCCUUGUCGAACUGAACUCUAAUAUGGACUUGAAAAAAAAGAUGAGUGAAGUGUCACUUGUGCACUUCUGGCUGUCUGCGGAGACCGAGUUCCCCCACCUCUCCAAAAAAGUGCUUCAGGUACUCAUCCCGUUCACAUCUACACACCUGUGUGAAUGUGGUUUUUCCACGUUAACACUGAUCAAAAACAAGUACCGGUCUAGCCUGCAGGUAGAGGAUGAUAUACGUUUAUUCCUGUCAACAGUGCAUCCCGCAUCAGGCGCCUGUGCAUAUCAAAGAAGCAAACUCACUGCUCCCACUAAGAUGAGGCAAGAAAAGGGGUUGUGGUGA